AUGACAGUGUGGCUCAGUGGAGUGGUUCUUUCUCAGGACACCACGGACAAUUUCGACCUCGAGCUGCGAGAUUUCUCGAAAGAGAGUUUCUUGCAGGUUGACGAAGCUUUGCUCCGCCGACGGCGAGACACUGGCGAAACCGUCGGCAGCGGAGGUAUUGCAAUGGGGAAAACAAGGGCGGAGAUCCAAAAAGCUUACCGGGAGAGACUGAAGGCGAAAAACAACGAAGCAUACUUGGCUAAAGAAAGAAAAAGGAGAAGUGAUAGCUAUGUACCAUCAGCCCAACUAUCAAGGAAAGAUCGUUUACGCCGGAACCUAAGAAACAAGGAAACCUUAAAGAGGCAUAGACAGAGAAAGAGAGCUAUUGCACAAGCUGAUGAUGACAGAGCUCCAGCUCAUGAUAUUGACACAAGUGGGUAUGACAGUCUACCAGAUGGAUCGCAGGCUCCACUUCUGGUACAGAUGAGGUUCCCAAAUCGAAGAAAUGGACCCCGGAAACGGAUAAGUCAUGCUCUGGCUGCCAAAACUAGCCAAGUCAGCAAACUGAAAGAUGACUUACAGAACCUCAAGAGGAAGUACAAGACUGUCCUAUUGAAGCUGCAGAGGAAAGGUAACCGUGGUCCAUCACCACCAUCUCCACAAACACCUCGACGACAGACAGCAGCACAGAUUAGAAGAAUGGGACUAACAAAAGAUCAAGGGAGGCGUGUAAAGAGACAACUGUUGCUUGGUAAUGUUCUUAUGAAGGAGCUGGCGACUGCGAGAUCAAGUAUCAGAUCAUCAAAGAGGCGGGUAGUUCACAAUAUCGUUGCUGGCAAGAUUGUAAAGCGCUACCGAUGUAUUAACAUGUUGAGUCAGAAGACAGGUUUGAGUAGGAACAAGUUGGGCAAAGUCAAGUCAAAGACCAUAGAUCCUGUGCGACAGAGGCGAUUUCGAGAAGUGAUGAGGUUUCGAGAAGAUGUCCUUCAAUUCAUGAAUAGAGAUGAUAACAGCAGAAACCUCCCCGGGAAAGGCGACAAAAUUAGCACAGGCACAGGAGAAUACGUGCAAAAAAGAAUACUAACAGAUUACCUGACAAAUCUCCAUCAAAAAUUCCUUGCAGAACAUCCUGUAAAACUUUCUUUGGCUUCUUUCUGUAGAAUUAGACCCAAACAAAUACUUACCACAGCCUUCAUAACACGUGACUGUUGUUUAUGCACACGGCAUCAGAACAUGGCACUCAUUCUGAAGUCUCUCAAGCCUUUGUAUCCGGAGAUCCCCCUGAAUCCUGAAAAGUAUUCUGAAAAUCCUCGAAUCGAUGACAUGAAAGCAAACUUACUACAUCCAGAGUUCACAUAUGGGCAAUGGAAGAGAGUGCCUGUGGAGAUAAAAGGCAAAACAAAAGUGGUCAUGAAAAUAGUCCAAGUCACCGAAUCAAAGUCAGUAUUCUUUGAAACACUGAAACUUCAAACACUUGAAUUUAUCGAUCAUGUAUCUCGGUUGAAAACCCAGUACUCACAAAUACGUGAAUUGAAGCAAAAUCUUCCCCGGCAUGAAGCUAUUAUUCAUAUGGACUUUGCUGAAAAUUACAACUGUAAAUCUGUCGAGGAAAUACAAUCCGCCUACUGGAACCAGACCUCUGUAACUCUUCACCCAGUGGUAGUAUAUACUCUACCUGUCGAUGGAUCUGACCUGCAACAUCAGAGUUUCGUCCUGGUGCCCGACGAGAUGAACCACAACUCCACCACAGUACUUACCUUUCUCAAAUACAUCAUCCAGGAGGUGAAGCAGCUGGAUCCCGAGUUGAAGCAUGUGCACUACUGGACAGACAGUCCCACCAGCCAAUACAGGAAUAAGUCCAUAUUCAAUUUAGUGGCAAACCACGAGGACGUGUUCAACAUCACAGCUACCUGGAAUUACUUUGAGGCCGGCCACGGCAAAGGGCCGUGUGACGGUCUCGGGGGAACAGUGAAACGCAUGGCUGAUCAAGCCGUGAACGCUGGGAAAGUUGUCAUUCAGGAUUCGAAAGAUUUCUUUGCCUGGUCCCAAUCACAACACUGUUCCAUGCCAAAUGUGAAUUUCCUCUUUGUGUCUACAGAAGAAUGUGAAGCCACUGCAGCAUCACAGGCAAACCGGAAGCUGAAGCCAGUGAAGGGAACCAUGAAGAUCCAUGCUGUCAAAGGUCGGGGCAGUGGGCACAUACACGUGCGUGACACAAGCUGUUACUGUAACAGGUGUUUGGGAGGUACUGUGUGUGACACCUGGCAGGAGGAGACCACAGUCAACCAGGACCAAGAAGACCACAGUGUUCUGACAGAGACAGACAUGUCAGGUGUCACCUCUGCUGUUGUAAAUAUGUCAGAUGACACUGGAGUCGCCGCAAGGCCUAACUACAAUGUAGGAGAAUUUGUAGCAGCGCUGUAUUCCGGAAGAUGGUAUAUUGGAAAGGUCGAGACUGUGGAUCCGGAGGACUCUGAGUAUGAGAUCAAUUUCAUGGAAUCAAAGAAGUCUAACUUCCAAUGGCCUGCUCAUGAGGAUGUCAUCUGGUGCAAAGAAAGUGAUGUCAUAUGUCACAUCAACACUCCUGUUCCAUCUGGGAAGUCAAAGAGGAUGUACACGAUCACCAAAAGUGACAGACUUACAAUUGAAAGCCAUAUGAAAUAG